AUGGCGGUGCCCCGGGGGGAUAAUUUGUUGAAUGUGCAUGGCGUGCGGCAGUUGAGCAAACCUCUAGCUGGACUCCGAAUCCUGGAUGUCGCCUGUGGUGGAGGUGUGCUGAGUGAGCCUCUAGGGAGGUUAGGAGCAGACGUCCUGGGAAUCGACCCAGUGGAGGACAGUGUGCGGACCGCAGAGCUGCACUCCUCCUAUGAUCCUGAUUUACGAGAGGGAGUUCGCUAUCAGGCCUGCACCCUGGAGGAGCUCGCUGAGGAGGAAGUAGAGGGAUUUCAUGCUGUAGUGGCAUCUGAGGUGGUGGAACAUCUGGCUGACCUGGAUGCCUUUGCCAGCAGAGGACAAGAGUUACUCCAAAUCCCCAUAAUCUUUAUAAUCUCUAAUGCGCCUGGUGGCUCUCUUUUCAUCACCACUCUUAACAAAACCAACGUGUCCUACGUUUUUGGGAUUGUGGCAGCGGAGCAGCUGUUGAGGAUUGUUCCGAGUGGAACUCAUGACUGGGAGAAGUUCAUCAGCCCAGAGGAUUUGGAACGACUUCUGGAGUCUUUUGGUUUCUACGUGGAGGCUAUCAGAGGCAUGAUAUACAAUCCUCUCACAGGAGCGUGGAGCUGGCAGAAGAGCAUGGCCAUCAACUAUGCACUGCAUGCAAUCAAACGCAAAGAAGAACCCCAGCCUGACGUGGUCUGGGCUGAAAGUGAGAAUCUGGAUGAACCAGGUCGAGACACAAGUUACAGCUGAGCUAUUAUAAUGUGGAAAUGCUAUCAAAACAGACUACACUUGCUCGAAAAUAGAGAAAUAGCCCAAACUCAAGGUGU